UAAAAUGUUUAGUAUGCAGAACUCCAAACUUGAAGUUGUACAAAAUUUGAAUGAGUUAUCUCGACAAAAUAUAAUUAGUUGACUCAAUUGAAAACAGAAACUUACAAAUUUGAGUUGGCCUCAAAACUUAAAAAUCUUGUGCAGCCUGUUGCCUUGAGUUGUCCUAACUUUUUUUUUUUUUUACAGUGCACUGGUUGCAGCUCGGCACCAUGGUAUAAACCCAACUUCAGUGCAGAACUCCAGGUGACGCAUUUUGAACAAUCUUCACAAAGCUAUCCGCGUCAAGGCAACCUCAACAAACAACAAACAAAGCCUGAUCUCAAGUCAAUGCAGUCUCUGACAGAGUGCCAGCAGCUUCUUCAAAAACUGGCAGAGGAGGUGAACAGCAUCGCUCAGGUGGAGCGUGUCAGUGAGAGGGCUGCACCAGGGGGGGGCAGCAGAGAGCCAAGCAGCCUGCAGAGCAGCAGGAGGCUGAUCCUCAAAUGGGCCGAGGAGCUGGAACUAAACAUGGUAAAAAAAGAAACCAAGCCAACAGAUGAAAACAAAACAAGAAGAGAUGAUCCAGGAGAAAAAGAGAAGACAGAUCUGGAAAAAGACAAUGAAAGGCUUCAGCAGUGGGCAGUGGAGCUGCUGAAAAUCAAAGAGUCUAACGGCGUGUCUGAUGAGGAACUGAAGAAGCUGCUGUAUCCCAGAGGACGCAAAGAUUCAAAGAUGGCCGCCAUCCUCCCUCUGCUGGAGUUUGUGGCUUGGUCCCUACUGUCAGAGGACACUGAGGAGGUUGUGUCCAAGCUGUGGCUGCCAACCAAACAGAAGGCCUGGAGGACAGGAAGUGGAAGCCCCAGAUACAUUCCUAACUCAGUGUGGGAGUGGAUUCAGAGCGCCCAAGUCUCGGUGCGGUUGGACCUCAGAACCAGUCAUCCCUGGCUGGAUGUGUCCUCAGAUCGCCUGAAGGUCCGAGAGGCAGCAGUGUCCUCCACUGAUGUCCCAAACUACAGCCAACAGUCUGCUCAGAGGCCCUGUGUGCUGGGGGACAUUGUCAUCACCGAAGGGAGACACUACUGGGAGGUGGAGGUGUCCCCUAAGGGCAGCUGGAGAAUAGGUGUGGUGUCAAAGACUGCUCCCAGGAAUCUAAAGUCCACCAUGACUCCCAUAAGUGGAUACUGGACCCUGUGGAGGGGCGCCAGUCUGUGGGCCUGUGCCGAGAGACCCACUAAGCUGCGGAGGGCGGCUCCCCCCCGAGUGAUCGGGGUGUUUGUGGACUCUGAGGAGGGUCAGGUGUCUUUUUAUGAUGCUGAGAGAAGGGUUCACAUUUAUACUUUCUCUGAUGUCUUCAAACACAGCCUCAUCCCUCUGUUCAGCUACCUGGAUGGAGACACGCUCCUUAAAAUCAUCCCAGCACAGAUUUCAGAGAAGAUGUGACUAAUAUGAAUCAAUGUGACGAAAUCAGACAUGGUGGUCCUAGAAUAAGAAUACACAUCUCAGUACUUAUUUUGAUUUAAAUAUAAUGGAUUUAAAUGCUUACUAGGAACACUUUAUUUUGAAUCGUUUAUUAUUGUA